GGAUACCGCCAUGAAGAAUGCAACUUUGAAAGUGACACUUAAAACAUGUAAAGGUGAAGUGUGUGACCCCCAACUAGAUGACGUAACAAUACACAUCACUCCUGAGGAUGACGUCAAAGUUGGCAAGAAACAAGUGRCAGCUGAUGGCCAAAUCAAAGUAACCUUCACACCUUGUUUUCCUGGUCAGUUUACAGCAGAGGUUCAAGUACAUGGAAAUCCUGUAUCCAACAGUCCACUAGUGAUGGAUGUCAAACCACAGCACAUUAUUGAAGUGACCACAAAUUCUAAGCUGAAAAAAGCAUUGAAUACUGGAUCGAAGAACUUUGCAGGUAUUGCAGUAAACAAAUCAAACACCAAGAUUGCUGUAGCAGACUUCGAGMGUUGUUGUAUCAGAGUGUUCAAUAUGGAAGGGGAUUUGUUAUUGUCAUGGUAUGGCAUUAAAGGUAGACGACAAGUACAGCUGAAAGGUCCACUGGGAUUAGCAUUUCUGAAUGAAACAGAUUUAGUCAUAGCUGAUUGCUACAACCAUAGAAUAUGCAUAGUGGACACAACCACUGAUAAGCUUGUUAGAACCUUUGGUUGUCAAGGCAACAUGAAUGGACAGUUUAGUAGGCACCCCCGGGGAGUACAUGUUCAUGGCGAUUUUAACAUCAUUGUUUGUGAUAAAAGUAAUCGUGUCCAGGUGUUCACAGAAAAUGGUGACUAUCUUUGUCAGUUCACAGUACCUGGAGGAAAACUUCCAUGGGAUGUAGUUACACACAAUGGACUGUUGUAUGUUAGUACAGAAGAAUCAGUGGUGCAUGUGAUAAAGAUGACAGACAACCUGUCACCAACUACCGUUACCUCUAUUGGUGGCGAGGACUACACAGAUGGUCGGCUACAUUCCCCUACUGGUCUAGCUAUUGACAAUGACAACAAUCUUCURGUGUGUCAUUAUGGAUCAAGGGAAGUUUACAAGUUUACUUUGGAUGGUCGCUUGGUAGGAAAGACCGACACACUGAGUGGUUAUCCUAACCGUUUAACAAUAUUAAGUGAUGGUCAGAUCAUUAGUACUACUUGGAGUGGAGUGCACUUUUUUAAAUAAUUAAGCUAAUACCUCCAUGUAUCAUCAUUAUUUUUCAGAAACUCAGUUGGUUGUUGUAAUCUUGGUGAAUUUGCAAGAUGUCUUUCUGCAUUAUUUUAGGAUUCGAGUAGAGUCCAAUUUGUCAUUCAAUUUUUACAGCACCGUUCAGUAAUACAAAAUACUGCAAUAUUCUACUACAUCUACAUCUAUCUUUAUCAUCCUUAAAACCAUAGGUAUCACUAGGAUAUUCAUCUAUGUACAAGUAGGCAGUCUUGAAAAGCAGUCAGACAAGCGAGAGUCGAAACGACUAUGGUCGCAUGAUUUUGAAAAGAGCAUGGUUGUAACUCAUAUUGCAGUUUAAAAUUGGUCAGUUAUUGUUAUUAUUAUUGAUAUUCAUCACAAUUCCAAAGCUUUCAUUCAGAGGCACAUAAAGUAUCUUGAAAACCUUUAUAACUAAUAAAAUACUUGUUGUUUCCGUUA